AUGAUACCAGCAGUGCCUCCAAAUCCUCCAGCCUCAAACUUUCUCCCUACAUUGUUCUUGAAUUCGUCUCUAGUUUCAGUCUCUAGUUCCAACUCAUUUAUAUCCAUAUUAUUCCUUAUUACCUUCCUAUUAUCUAAUGCUGCAGAAUCAUCAGAGAACAUUGCAAUUUAUUGGGGUCAAAAUAACAAUGAGGGUACCCUAACAGAAACAUGUGCAAAAGGAAACUACAACAACUACUCCUAUGUAAUCAUAGCUUUUCUUAACAAAUUUGGGAAUGGAACAACACCUGAAAUCAACUUAGCAGAUCAUUGUGACCCUUCUUCCAAUGAUUGCACAAUGUUAAGCACACACAUUAAGAAUUGCCAAAUGAAAAGGAUCAAAGUCUUGCUUUCAAUUGGCGGAGCAGAUGGAGAAUAUGGUUUAGGUUCCACUGAUGAUGCAAAAAAUGUUUCUGAUUACUUGUGGAACAAGUUUUUGGGUGGAAAUUCAUCUUCACGUCCAUUUGGCGAUGCUAUAUUAGAUGGUAUUGAUUUUGAUAUUGAAAAAAACUCCAAAGGAAAACAAAACCAACAACAUUGGGAAGAACUUGCACGUUUUCUUAAGUCACGUAACACUUCAACACAAAAUGUUUACUUAAGUGCAGCACCUCAAUGUCCAUACCCUGAUGGAGAAUUAGGCGUCGCACUUGAAACGGGCGUUUUUGACUAUGUUUGGAUACAGUUUUACAACAAUCCUGAAUGUGACUAUAGUGAAAGCGAGGUUAACCGCUUGUUGGAUUCGUGGAAGCGAUGGACAAAGUCGUUAACGUCGGGAAAAGUGUUUUUGGGAUUGCCUGCUUCCCCUGCAGCAGCAGAUAAUGGCUAUGUUCCAGCUGAUUUGUUGUGUGAGAUUGUAGUUCCUGUUUUAAGGAUAUCGCGUAACUAUGGCGGUGUAAUGCUGUGGACAACACACUAUGAUAAACAAAGUGGAUACAGCAACUACAUAAAAAGUUCUCUAUGCACACAACAAAAGUCUCCUGAAUGUGGAGGAAAUUAUUAUUGUAGCCACACAGGUUCUUUUUAUAGACUAAACUUGGUCGUAGUUCUCUGGAAACACUUUUUACUAUUGUGA